CGACCCUAUUCUGGGCAGGCGUUGCAGGAACGAUGCCCCGCGUGACCAACUACGUCGACGACAUCGCGGGCGCCAAGCCAUGCUUGAAGCCGUACAUGUACACACACAAGCCACCGACGGCCGACGUGAGCGGCUCGCACAGCCGCCAACUGCACCCGUCGCAGUGGAACAAGGGCGCGAACCCGCAGUUCCAGCAGCUGCCGAUCGAAGGGUCGAGUCCGUCCCACACGGGUUUUACUACCAACCGCGUUGUUAAUCCUCUCAACCCCAAGUACCCGCUGCCGCAGUGUGAGCCUGCGCCGCUAGUCCCGCCGCGGUUUCUCCGGGACUCGUACCAAGUCGACGAUAUCGAAGGCACGCGCAUGCGACCGCUGCAUGCGCGCCCACCCCGCGACACGAUGAACGUCAGCGAUGUCCCUGGCGCCACGGCGCAUUGGCAUGAAUUGCGCAAGAAAGAGCGGGAUAUUCUCGACUGCAGCGACAUCACCCAUGUUGGCUUCAAGACGAAGCGCGUCACGGACAAUCUUCGGCCUGAAUAUGUCGUCAACGGAUUCCCAAUUGCGGACGAUCCGCUUUCGUAUGCCAAGAAGCCGUAUGAGCUCAAGAACCACCCGUUUUACCCACUGCAGACAAAGGAUAUCAAGGGCGCCAACCCCGAAGACAGUCAGAAAGGCAUUGUCGGUGGAAUUCCGAACGCUGUUCGACGGACGUUUAUCGCAACCAAUAACGUUGCCGACAUCUUUGGGGCCCAAGCCAACACGGUGCACCACAGCAUCGUGUCCAACCGGCGGGUGGACCCAAACUUUCCCGACUAUGUCGACUUGGACGGCGACAAGCUCGAGACGGGCCUGCCGAUCCCAAAGAAUGUUCAGUUUCCCGACAUUGCACCCCGGGUUGUUGAGCGCAAGCGCAACAACGUAUCGACGAUCAAACUCGGCAUGAAGCCGCCCCGGGGCACGACCGCAGGACCCAAGCUGCCGCACGCCCACGUACGCUCCGAGGAGAAGCGGAUUGCAGCGCUCAAUGCGGAUAUUCAGAGCGUUCGAAGCUUGAAGUAGACGAGUCACGAACAUACUAGUACGUUUUUGCUUGCGAUUGCC